CGCUAGGACGGAUCUUCCAAUCGAUUCCUCAUCCCUUCGCGGGCGUGUGCUGUGCUCGGGCGAAUACUAUACAAUUCAGUUUGUUGUUUCGGUCAGCCCAGCUUGAGGCAAGCAAUCUCGGCUGUUCAUUGCACUUGAAAGCUGUUCCUAUGCCGGUGUGUGUAGACGUUAGAUCUCCAUACCAGUAACGGUGGAAGUGAUAGCCCCAGCAGGAGUGAGGGGGUUGAAUGCUAGCUUCAUUCCCUUAACAGUUCUCGGGCGAUAAAGACGUAUAAGCGAACGCGGGUGUUACGAAUCCGAGCGAAUGCUGGAAAGAUCACCAUAUCAAUUGAAUACAUUAUUGUGGAAUUAUUAUGCAUAUGGAAGCUGGGUUUAAAACAUUCAGAAUAAAGGGUAUAUGAAAAGCGAUAUAAAAAUUGUGAUUUGAUUUAAAACUGUGCUAACCUAACUUGGGUGUUAUUAUCUAAGUGGUGUUAAGUGGAAUUAUUACAAAAUGUUAUGUGUACAGCCAACAGAGCUUCGAAACGGUUCUUCUGAUUUGAUUCAACGAUUCAUUUAUGCCUGCCAACUUAAGAACUGGGAGACUAGGUGCGGCAUGCGUCGCCCAUCACUGGGACAGAAUGAAGACGACCUUAGUCGUCUCACAACCGUAAUCUCCCCAACGACAGCCAGUUUAUCUUCGACGCAAACGGAACAUGAAGAGGACGAUAGCAGUAGCGACAAGAGUAUUCAUAAAAUCAACAACCAUCAGCAUCAAUUGGAGCAGCAACAUAGUAACACAGGAAACGGUAGCAGUCCCCAUCAUGGCGACGGAUGCGGCAGCAACGGCAGUAGCAGAAAUGGCACUAACAGUGGAACUAUUGGCGCAUCCACAUCCCAGUAUCUGCCUAAUUUGAUUAAUUCAUCCGAGUGGCAAAACUGUAGAAAACGCAAAGAACGACAAGACAGCACCUCCUCGAUCAGUCAGGAUCGUAAACUGAUCCGAUCGAACAGUGAAGAGCAUCUGCCCAACUGUCAGGAGGUGAUCCGUCGUGUAGCCUCGCAUGAGGAUUUUAAGAAACCUUCACCGUUAAUUGAAAUUAGCGUCGAUAAGGAAAAUAUUAUCGAGGAAGAUGCUGAAGAACAGCACCAGCUAGAGGUUCAGCAAACGUUCGAAAAAAAUUUGAAGAACAGUUCGGAAAACCUAAAGAAGUUCUUCAUCGGUAGCGAGAGUCAGUGUGUGUCUGGCAAGGAUUCUUCCGAAGCCCUACAUAUUAAGGUUGGUGACCCUAACCUUCUCUACCAACAUUCUCACAGCAAUCAUAUACAUCAUUACAACCAUUCCGCUAAGAACCGACUAUCACCUUGUCGUGAUGUGCUGAAAAACCGCAAGGAUUCCGACAGCGAAUUGGAUGGAGAACACGAACGCCGUCGCCACUGCGAGCGGUUUUCCAAAACUCGGCCACCUCCUGGGCGCAAGUCGGUUUCACCACGAAAUCGCACCAAGCAAAUCAAGCAUGUUUCCUCCGGUAAGGACAAAAGCGGAAAUGAACACUUCUAUUCCAAGCAUGACACCCACCACUCGGUCAAACACGAGCGCCGCGCCUACAGCAAGCAACGCGAUAAAGCAUCGGAAUCGACGAAAAGUCCCGAGCCGGAAGUUUUUGCUGACUACAAUGACAAUACGGUUUUGGAGAAAGGAAACGUCGAGUCACCUCGUGAGAAGCAGCUGCCAUGGGACCAAUCCUUCCAGGAUGACACACCGGUUGUCUGUCAGCGAUUUGCGGAGCACAAUUUCGAGCACGCCAAUACCAUGGGAACAUUUGGCGAGGUACGCAGUCUACCUCCGAAUGCCACCAUGAAACAUUACGGAAACUAUCGUAGUGCGGAAUUGCAUCAAACCGCUCUCCAGAAGCCGAUACCGCAAGCCAACAAUAUGUUUGAUGAACGAAUCAAAACAAUUAAUCGCAAAUUGAGUACUCUGAAGAAAAAGUUGACACAGUACGAGGAUCGGUUCGAGCGAGAGAACGGUUACCGGCCGGCACAUGGCGACAAGACUAGCGAUAGCGCCAUCCGGGCGGUAGUCGUCGAGAUACACAAACUGCGCAAGGAGAAAAAUCAAAUCAAGGCUGACCUGGCGGUGUUCAAUGCGAAGACAAACAAGGGAACGUCGGGCGACAACAACAGCUCCUCGGGUCUCAGCGGGUCCGCGGGACAGGGACCGACCGAAGAUGAGAACAAAUUGGUGCAGAUGCAGGAAACCAUCGCCGAUAUCGAGAAGCGUCUCCAAGAGAAACGUACUACGGAACAGCGCAGCGAAAAUCUGGACAAACUUUCUAGCGAUCAGCUGGUUGAGGAGAAAGCAUCGGUCCAACGUGCUCUGCUCUAUCUGGAAUCCAUCUACGGACGUCCCACCAGUCGUGAUGAACGUGAUGCCGCCCGACCUCUGUACGAUCGCUACAGGCUCAUUAAACGAUUGGUUAAUCGCGCGAACUCAAUUAGCGGACCGUGUGGGGCCAACUCUCAGAUGCCAACCAUUUUGGAGCAUGAAGCUCUGGCCAUCGUAGGUACUCCGACGCCUUCGACCGAUAUUUCUCCUCCCUCAGCAACCUCGAUGAUUCAGUCGCCGGCAGACACAUCGGUUGCAUCGACUGCUGCACCGUCGACCGACGAAUCGGAAACGACUACUAGCUCGAUCACGGAAAACAUUCACUCGAUGACCGUCGAGGAGCUGUGGGAGCAUUAUGAUGCAGCCCGGGAGGAAAAGAAAGAGCUGCGGCGCACCAUUAAGGAGUUUGAGCAAAAGUUCGAGGAAACCACCGGUCGUAAAAUGCUGAAAUCAGAUCGGAAGACCAUCGAGGAUACCUACGCUCUGUACAAGCAAAAGAAGGCAAAACUUCGGUUGAUUGAUGCUCUGUUCAAGAAACAGAUGUCGGUUUAAAGUGAUCUCCUCCCAGUCGUCCUUUAUCACUAACCCUUCUCACCCAGAUACUAACUCUUUUCCGUCUCCCAAAGUUGUAACCGAUUCUUCCUUAUCACUCUUUGUUAUACGCCUGAUUCUCGUCAUACCGGUGGUUCCUUGACGUCAUUAUAUUUAUUUCAUAUUUUCUCAUCGCAUUAAUCACUCGACAAAAUCAACCUUUUUUUCCUGCAUACUUUGAAACCCCUUACCUCGCGUCUUCAUUUUGUGGAGCCUAAAAUUAGUUGUUUCUUGAAUAAAAAGCCAAACUUAAAAAUACGCUGUCGACAAAAAAGCAAAUGACACUAAUCAAAUGAUGAAUCUUUGUUCAAAAUGUUGCUGAUUGAAUGCAAUGAGAUUUAAUAUGUGUACAGAUCUACGGAACAGAUAAUAGAGCUGAAUACUAUGUUAAGGCUUGUUUACCUGUUUUUCAGUUUUCACUUCUGGUGUCUAUUUAUCUGUUAUUAAUUAUGUAUCUCUAUUGAUUUUUUUUAUCUAAAUACUAAUACAAGACAUUGUCUCCUCGAGCUGAGAGUUAAAUAAAAGAUAAAGCGGUUUUUUGCCGUAGAGUACGAAAACGGUAUAUAUACAAAAUGAUCAAAUAAGCACACAUAAUAAAUAUGCAGGCUGAGCAGAUGAGAAAAAAAACUAUUUGCAAACAAAUUGACUUUUCCGUUUGAUCUAGUGCAACACAAUGUAAAGAAUAUUUACCUUUCAAAAUGUGACCUAAGCAAAUACAUUUAAUGUAUGGAACUUUUGAUUUAGCCUUUAAAUAUACAUUCGGGAAAAAGAAGUGCAAACUUAUAAUCAUUUAACUUUUGGAGCACGAAGUGAAAAUUUUACAGUGUAAUUGUACUACUCAUAAUUAAUCACUCUAUAGGAACGAUCAAAACAAGCUACUUAAUGUUAAGAAACUGAUUAUGUUUUCCAAAAACAGCUACCAGCGUAAAGUAAAUCUUCGUACUAGACACAUAACGAUAUUUAUCAGUAAAACAAAACAAACAACAGAGAAUCCAUACAAUACCGAAGCGGCAUAAUACAGAAAAAAAUACAGUACACACAUUAACAGAUUACACACACGAUUUGUAGCUCUUUAAGACUAUGAUUACGACGAUUAUUAUUAUUGCUGAUGAAACUGAGUAAAAGCGAUAUGUUCUCAAAGAACGAUUUAUUAUGAUUAUUAUAUUAUUACUAUAUAAUUAUUAUUAUUAUUAUUGGUGGUGCAUGAACUGCAAAUUGAAAAUGAGACGCUAAAUGAAAAAAGCAAUGCCGGAACACAAAUGUGGAAUGUUCGAAAAUGGUAUCGAGUGAAUAUGAACACACCUAGGUUUAAUUCUUGGUAAAUAUAUAAACAGCAAAGUUAAGC